AAUGGACCAGGAUACAUUGGUACAGAGGGCUGAGCAUAUUCCUGCAGGAAAAAGGACACCCAUGUGUGCUGAAUGCAACGCUGUCAUAAGGGGUCCAUUCCUUAUGGCCUUAGGGAAGUCAUGGCAUCCAGAGGAGUUUAACUGUGCCCACUGCAAAACCUCAAUGGCUGAUCUUGGAUUUGUCCAGGAAAAGGGCUUUAUCUAUUGUGAGCGUUGCUAUGAGCAGUUCUUUGCACCAGAAUGUGCCCGCUGUCAGCGAAAGAUACUUGGUGAGGUCAUCAAUGCCUUAAAACAGACUUGGCAUGUUGGCUGCUUCAUCUGUGUUGUUUGUCAUAGACCGAUCCGUAAUAACGUCUUUCACAUGGAGGAUGGUGAACCUUACUGUGAGACAGAUUUCUACAGUUUGUUCGGUACCAUGUGUCAUGGAUGUGAAUUCCCAAUUGAGGCCGGUGACAAGUUCUUAGAAGCAUUAGGCUAUACCUGGCAUGACACCUGUUUUGUAUGUUCUGUUUGCUGUACUUCAUUAGAAGGGCAGGCCUUCUUCUCAAAGAAAGAUAAGCCAUUGUGCAAGAAACAUGCCCAUGGUGGUAACAUUUAAUGGACAUCAGCGUAAUGGAAGAAGAGUCAACAGGAGUGAAAAUAGCCAUUUUACCUGUUGUUUUGUUAUGAUACAAUUAUGCAAUUUAAUAUUUAUAUAGAUUUUUAAAGAAAGGAAAUACUGAUGUCCGGGGAGAUUUGUGCCAUUCAGAAUAAUUUGUUUAACUGAAGCACCAUGUUGUUGUGAGCUAAUGUGUGCUUGCCAGUAGGUAUAUUUUUCCUGAGUGAUUCCUAACCUUAGCUUAGUGGAAUGUAUCUGUAACG